CAGGAAUGAUGUCAUUGUUGAAAAUCCAAGGAAACUGCACUGCAAUCUUUGUGCAACACCAGAACCAGCCCCUCAGCUCUGAUUGAGAUAUUGGACGAAAAGACAAGUUAAACAGUCCGUAUGUGAAUUUGUUGGCCAGGCAAGUUGAACGAAUAGGAAAUGAUUUAAAAUCGGGAGGUUUCUGCAGUUUUGUUGAGCAUGAGCAUGGAAGAUUAUGAUCACCUUUUUAAAAUAGUGUUGAUAGGAAAUGCUGGAGUGGGGAAGACUUGCCUAGUUCGAAGGUUCACUCAGGGUCUUUUCCCACCUGGACAAGGUGCAACCAUAGGGGUUGAUUUCAUGAUCAAGACUGUUGAAAUCAAUGGGGAGAAAGUCAAGCUGCAGAUCUGGGACACAGCAGGACAGGAGAGGUUCCGAUCCAUCACCCAGAGUUACUACCGCAGUGCCAAUGCGCUCAUCCUCACCUAUGACAUCACCUGUGAGGACUCCUUCCGGUGCCUUCCGGAGUGGUUGAGGGAGAUUGAGCAGUAUGCCAACAGCAAAGUGGUGACUGUCUUAGUAGGGAAUAAAAUUGACCUUGCUGAGAAAAGAGAAGUUCUCAGGGAGAGGGCAGAGGAGUUUGCAGAGGCACAAAGCAUGCUUUAUCUGGAGACUUCUGCCAAAGAAUCAGACAACGUCGAGAAGCUCUUCCUGGACCUGGCCUGCAGACUAAUCCGCGAGGCCAAACAGAACUCACUGGUCAAUAAUGUGACCUCCCCAAUGCCCGGGGAAGGCAAGAACAUCAGCUAUUUGAACUGCUGCAGUUAGUUGACACUCCUCUGCAGCUCAGAGCACCAGCCUUCUGCUAAAGACUACAGAUGGCAGGGAGUCACUGUCACUUGCCUCCACCGGAGCAAUGAGGUGAUUUAUGUCUCUCCUGUGUGGGAGUCCAGUUCUUUUCCCUCUUUAGUGAUCUGUGGGCGGAUGGAGUAGCCUGACAUUCAUUUGUAAUGCCCUCCCAGGAAAGGAAUGUGACUGCAGAUAGGGGGACUGAAUCUCUUUGAAAAAUGGGAAAUGACCAGCCUCACUUUGAACACUAAGCCAGCAGUGGUGUUUUAACUGUUUUGUAUCAACCACUACCACUACCUUGCUCAAAGGAACCAUAAUCACAUACACACACACAUAUUGUGUGGUCAUGUAUAUUGUGCGGAUAUAUGUGUGUGGACACAAACAUGGACAAAAAUGGGGAAAAUACAAUGUACCUGAGAAUUUGUGACCAUCCAUUUUAAACCAGAAGCACUCCUGGAACACUGUAUGUGCCGGAACAGUUGUGGUUUAAGGUUAGUAUUACUCAAUCUGUUUCACAUCAACAGAUGUCAAGGAACUGGAGUAAUUAUUUAAACCAAGAGGAGCAUUUACAUCCAUUACAGGUUGUUUUAAGUGUUUCUGUUUUUGCUUAUUUUUAACAAUAUUUGCUUCCUCCUAGAAUAAUUUGUUAGAAUAAUAGCCAGUAUUAUUUUUAUUCUAUUCCAAGUUUAAUAUUGGAGGGAAUAUAAUGUUAAUCUAGGCAAAGUAACAGAAGUACAGGAACUGGUGCGCUCAAUAUGUGUGGAUUUCAGCUGUUACAUUGGAGUAACUUGAAACGUGUGGUCAAAGGAGUGACAGCCAUGCAUUGUGCAAUAAUCCAGCCUAGUUAGCAUUACAGUUUUUUCACAUCUCAGUGUGAACUCUUAAUUUUCUCUGAAGACAUUGUGACACACAAAAUUGCAAAACCUCUCUCGUCUUGUAAUCCAUUGUGCACGUCAACAAAUGGCAUCUCGUGGCACAUGAUACUGCAUUAUUGAGAAAAGUCAAAAUGAGAAAUUUUCAUCUUUUGUUUAUGAAAUAUAUGUUAUAUAUUCUCCAUAUGAUUUGACUCUGUAAGGCAUAUUUGUAACCACUGCAUUCUGACCGUUUACUGUUUGCACCUAUAAUUUUUCAUCGGCUCUAAGGGAACAGAGAUGCAUCUUGGUGGUGUGGUCAGUGUUUUGACCAUCUGUUGCACUUUUGCUUUGUGACUUGAACUGCCAUCUAAUGCAUCUUUAGCAGAAAGAUUGUUUCCCUCACCUGUAGUGUUGAUAUCAAAAGAAUGGGGGGAAAAAAAACUGAGAGAAUGAAAGAAAAACUUUUUACUGUAGCCUAUACCUUUUUUUCCAGUUUCAGUGUACAGCAUGCCAUCAGUCAUUGGAUUAGUUUUCAGUAGGUGAAAAUUAUUACCUAACAUUUUUACAUUUUGACCAACUCCAUAAAGGCUGACUGAGAAACAGUGUUGCUAGGAGUGUAGAAUCUUAAGUGUUUUUUAUUUCUCCAGUGAAUGUUAAUACCACUACCAUGUCUGCAAAUGUCAAUGUGUUUCUUCCAACUGUCCUCUGGGUUAUUAUUUUUUAUUUUUGUGGUUUAGACCUCAUCAUGACUGAAAUUUUAUAUGCACAUUUCAGAAAGGAGCAACCCGAUCCUUCCAGGUUGUGUUAACACAAUGUUUAGUACCUGUGUUCCACAUUGUGUUCUGCUGCUUAUGUUACAUGCUCUGCAUGCACCGUGCCGGAUACUUUGAAUGUCAAGCUUUAUUUUAAUGACUUUUAUUUCUAUUUUUUACCUUAUUGUAUAGUAUUGUAUUACAUAAACCUCUGUCUGAAAUUUGCCGUUUUGUGUCAUUUUAAAAAGUGUAUGUUUUUUUCUUGGUUUUAUAUUAAAAUUAAUUUUUUGUUGUACCAUAGGAGAAGUGUCCAUUCACUCAUUCAGACCUGUUCAGCAUUUGGUAAAAUGCAUGUUAACUGCCCAAGUGGGGCAGUUGCUUUCCUUUUUGUUAAA